GAGCGCUGGUCUUGGAGGCAGCCCCAUCCAUCAGUUUUGUGUCGCCGGGCGCUCGGGGGCAGCCUCGCCCGCCGCAAGGAUGGGCGCCCAGGCCCGCCGCCGCGCGCAAGCGCUCCGGAAAGCCAGGGAACAGUCCCACACCGUCGCGCACCUCCAGUCCGUGAAACGGGCGGCGCGCGCGAACGAACUCUAUCGGGCGGCGGAGCACGGCGACGUCCACGCGGUGCUCCAGUGGACGAACGACCCGCGGCGACCGAAGCUGCGGCUCCUUCUCCACGCGUUGCUGCGGCACAAGCCGCUCGAGGAGACUAUUUUUUUGCACGUGUUACGGUGGUGCCCCCAGGCGGCGCAGACGCCGAAUCAUGAUGGGUGGUACCCCCUCCACCUCCUGUGCUAUCUCACGGCGCGGCCGACGCCGUUGAUGCUGCGCGCUUUAUGUGCCGCGGGGCCCAUCGCGGCGAAGAUGCCCACGUCGACGGGCUGGAUACCCUUACAGCUCCUGUGCCAGCAGGCCUUCGCGCGGGGCAAGGCCCGGGCGACGCCGAGUACCAUCACGGCCGUGCGCCAGGCCUACCCCGACGGCGCGUUAACCUACUUGCCGGACGGCGCCGAGUGGGGCGACCGGUUGCCCGUCGAGCUGCUCCCCAAGGAGCUGCCCGCGCUCGAACUGUGCAAGCAGCGCAUGACCUGCUCGGACGAUCAGCUACGCACCUUCGCGGCGCAGCACCGGAGUUUGGACCUGAAGGUGCGCGGCGCGUACCGCCGCCGGUGCGAGGAGGCCUGCAGUAACGGCGCGGUCUUUGGGGUGGUGGAGGUGAUCCAGGAGCUGCACCAGGAGACGGGUCUCGUCGCGGACGCGGCCGACGAGAACACGGGGCGCCUCCUGCUGCACGACGUCGUCGCGCGGUGCGGCGCGACGCUCGACGGGUGGUCGCUGGGUUUUUGCUUGAGGGCGUGCCCGGCGGCGGCGUUUCAUGCCGACGCCCGGGGCAACCUACCGCUCCACUUGUUGCUGGCGAACGGCGAGUGCGAGGUGACGCUCGCGGAGAUCCAAUCUUUGAUAAGGUUGCACCCGCUCGCCGUCGGGGCCAAGGCCGCGCGCGGUUGGACGCCGCUCCACGCGUUCUGUCGGCGGCCGCCGCAGCAGCAGGAUCUGCGGGUGCUGCGGCUGCUGCUGCGCGGCGUUUCUGGAAGAAAGGCCGCGCGGACGCGGGACGAGUACGGGGACCUGCCGUUGCACUUGCUGGCCUACGCGUGCACGGACCAGCGCGAGGCCCGGGCCGCGGACCUCGACGUCGGCCGAGACACCCAGGUCGAGUGGGGCGCCGACCGGGCGAAGCCGCUCUGCCAGGCUCUGGUCGGUGCCUACCCGCCGGCCUGGCGGAUCAAGGGGUCCCGGGAGUUAACGGCCUGCGACGCGGCGCCGGCGGACCUCCAGGGCGUGCUCAUGGGCGCCGCGACGACGAGAGGCCCGAGCUCGCUCACGGACGUGUCCCGCGCCAUCGCGCGCGCGAAGCCCCGGCGGCGCAAGGCGGGCGCCGGUUUACCAUUAGUCAAGCUCGUCGAGAUCGGCGCGGACGACGCGCUGCAGAAGCGGCUCCGCGUCGAGAAGCACCGGGACCCCGAGCCGAUUCCCGUCGAUCUGCUGCAUACGCUCUUGAAACGGGACGCCGGCGUGGGCGGCGACGUGCUGCGCGCCGUGGCCGACGCGGGCGGCGCGGGGAGCUGCGCGCUGCGGGACGGCGACGGCUACCUGCCGCUCCACCUCGUCGCGAAGCGGGCGCCAUUCGACGAGAGGGUCACGCCGCAGACCGUGCGGCGCGUGCUGGCCUACCACCGGCCCGCGGCGUUCUACCGGGGCGGCGCGCGGAAGCUGUGCCCGCUGGCGGCGUUCGCCGUCGCGCUCGCGACGGGCGCCGAGGACCAGGGCGCGUCGGACGAGGGCGGCUCGCAGCGGGCGGGCAACUACUUCACGGACGAGCCCCUCGCGCACUGGCGCGAGCGGUGCCUCGGCGUCGCCCGCGCGCUCUACGAGUCGACGCCGAAGGCGCGCGUCGUCCCCGCGAGCGACGGCGCCCUCGCCUGCGAGCUACUGCCGCCGUCGCCCGACUACGACGCGCUCCGCGCGGCGAUGCGGCCGAAGCAGGCGCCGCUCCGAGACAACGACGGGGAGCGGCCGACGCAUCUGCGGUGCAAGAAGGCGCCGCCGCGCCGCGCCAAGGAGGAAGACGUGGACAAGGACGACCCGGCGGCGCGGCGCAUGCCCGAGGCCGGCGCGACGGAGAUGACGCGCUGCAUUCCACUGCUCGUGCCGGCCCAGCUCGACCCGCUCGCGGACCCGCAGCGCCCGGACACGGCGGCGUCCGACGCGUUAGAUCUUCAGGCCUACCUCGCGCGGCCGGCGACGAGCGUGAGCGGCGUGCCGCGGCCGAACACGGCCGGCGGGACGCUGCGGCCGACGACGCCCGGCGGCACGGUGUUGGUAAGGGAGUCCGUCGAGGCCCAGAACUUGAAAAGAGGCCGGCCGCGCACGCCGCGGUCGCCGGGCGGAUCUAGAUUAUACGCUACGCCGCGCGGCACGCGCCUCCUGCGGCCGCUGACGGGCGGCGGCACCGAGCGGCCGCUCACGCCGAACGGCUCGAUCGAGGGCCUGCCCGUCGACGAGCGCGGCGUCCGCCGGCCGAUGACACCGCAGACCAAACGCCUCAUCAAACCCUGCACGCCGGGCGGCACCUUCCGGCCGACGACGCGCGGCGGCACGCUGCUGCGCCGCUCGGACCGGCACGAGGUCGCGACCGAAUUGCCGGGCGACGACUCGCCGCCCCACUCGCCGCACCGGCGCUCCAACGUGACCUUCGACGACGAGCCGCUGCGGUCCUUCGACGACGCGGAACGGCCCCGGCGGAAGUCGAUGCGCCCGGCCUCGCGGAAGCGCCGCCGCCGCGAGCGCGCCGCGGCGGCCGAACAAGAGGUGGUCGACGAGAUCGCACGCCGGGAGGCCGCGAUCGAGGCGCGCAAAGCCGCCGCCGAGGAAAACCAACGGCUCGAGCGUCGGCGCCUGCGCAAGGAGCUGCGCCAGCGGCGCCACGACCGCCUCGACGAGCUGCGCCAGCGGCGCCACGACCGUCUCGACGCGUUCAUGGGCCUGCCGCGGCUGACGUCGCUGUGAUAGUUGUUUUGUAGCUUGCUUUGCUUAGAGCUAGGCGGCUUCCUAGCCACCCUGCCGCCGCCGCGUGGGGGAGCCCUGCGUAACCGCACACGAACUUA